AUGACUACAGCUCGUCUGAAGUCGUUUAAAUACACCAUUGACAUAAAAAUCAAUGCUUCAAGAGACGUUGUGAUAGAGCGCUUGAGGGCUUUGAUUCAUGGACAGAAAUUCCCCACAUGUGUCAAAAAAGGCAUUAAAAUAUCUGGUGUGGGUAUCACUACAGCUCCUCUGAAGUCGUUUAAAUAUUCCAUUGACAUAAAAAUCAAUGCUUCAAGAGAUGUUGUGAUAGAGCGCUUGAGGGCUUUGAUUCAUGGACAGAAAUUGCCCACAUGUGUCAAAAAAGGCAUAAAAAUAUCUGGUGUGGGUAUCACUACAGCUCCUCUGAAGUCGUUUAAAUACACCAUUGACAUAAAAAUCAAUGCUACAAGAGACGUUGUGAUAGAGCGCUUGAGGACUUUGAUUCAUGGACAGAAAUUGCCCACAUGUGUCAAAAAAGGCAUAAAAAUAUCUGGUGUGGGUAUCACUACAGUGUGUCUCUCUAAUGUGAACCAAACCCAGUGUAAGUGUGAGAAUCAGUAUGUUUGGUCCUCUGAACAAUGCUCUAAACAUGGUGUUUGUGGCCCCAAUCAUAAUGAUACCUGCAGAUGCAUCUCUUCUCUUCCAACUGACGGGACGUUCUGCCGGCGACCACCUGUUCCUCUGAAAUCGUUUAAAUAUUCCAUUGACAUAAAAAUCAAUGCUUCAAGAGACGUUGUGAUAGAGCGCUUGAGGGCUUUGAUUCAUGGACAGAAAUUCCCCACAUGUGUCAAAAAAGGCAUAAAAAUAUCUGGUGUGGGUAUCACUACAGCUCGUCUGAAGUCGUUUAAAUACACCAUUGACAUAAAAAUCAAUGCUUCAAGAGACGUUGUGAUAGAGCGCUUGAGGACUUUGAUUCAUGGACAGAAAUUGCCCACAUGUGUCAAAAAAGGCAUAAAAAUAUCUGGUGUGGGUAUCACUACAGUGUGUCUCUCAAAUGUGAACCAAACCCAGUGUAAGUGUGAGAAUCAGUCAAUCUACCACAACAAAACCACCUCCUACAACAGAGCUAACAACAAAAGCAACAGUGCCACCAAUGUCAUCAUCGCCUCCACCAACAACAACGGUGGCACCAACAACAACAACACUGGUACCAUCUACAACGGCAGCACCAACAAUAACAACACUGGCACCGACAACAACGACGGCACCAACAACAACAACACUGGCAUCAACAACAAUGGCGGCACCAACAACACCAGCACCAGCAACAACGGCAAAAACAGUAACAACACCAAAUUCAACAACAAAGCCAAAACCAGUAACAACACAGGAUUCAACAACGCAGAAACCAACAACAAUGACAAAAACAAUAACAACACAGAAUUCAACAAUAACGGCAAAAACUGCAACAACCCAGAAUUCAACAACAACGCCAAAACCAGUAAGAACAAAGAAUUCAACAACGCAGAAACCAACAACAAUGACAAAAACAAUAACAACACAGAAUUCAACAAUAACGGCAAAAACUGCAACAACCCAGAAUUCAACAACAACGCCAAAAACAGUAACAACACAGAAUUCAACAACAAUGGUGAAACCAGUAACAACACCAAAUUCAACAACGCAGAAACCAACAAAAAUGCCAAAAACAGUAACAACACAGAAUUCAACAACAACGCCGAAACCAGUAACAACACAGAAUUCAACAACAAUGCCAAAACCAGUAACAACACAGAAUUCAACAACACCAAAACCAGUAACAACACAGAAUUCAACAACAAUGCCCAAAACAGUAAAAACACAGAAUUCAACAACAACGCCGAAACCAGUGACAACACAGAAUUCAACAACAACGCCGAAACCAGUAACAACACAGAAUUCAACAACAACACCAAAACCAGUAACAACACAGAAUUCAACAACAAUGCCAAAACCAGUAACAACACAGAAUUCAACAACACCAAAACCAGUAACAACACAGAAUUCAACAACAAUGCCCAAAACAGUAAAAACACAGAAUUCAACAACAACGCCGAAACCAGUGACAACACAGAAUUCAACAACAACGCCGAAACCAGUAACAACACAGAAUUCAACAACAACACCAAAACCAGUAACAACACAGAAUUCAACAAUGCAGAAACCAACAACACCAAAAAGACUAACAACAUGGAAAACAACAACAGUGCCAAAAACAGUAACAACACAGAAUUCAACAGCGCAGAAACCAACAACAAAGCCAAAAACAGUAACAACAGGGAAACAAACAAUAACGCCAAACGCAGUAACAACACAGAAGCUUGUAAAUCGUGAGAUGUCACUGGCAAUUGACGAGACUUACGAUGCAAACCUGAAUAACCAAAACAGUGACAAAUUCAAGAAAUACAAAGCAGAUAUUGAGAAGGCAG